GACCGUUUUAUUUUGAAUGUGCUACAGUGCUAGUGUAGUGGCGGUUAAGUCGACAUCGCUUGCUGUUACAGUAUUCUAGUACGGAUUAAAAUAAACAGUAACGUUCAGAAAAGCGCUUAUGAGACGCAAAGAUAUUAAUCUAAAAACAUGUCAUCUGUUCAUGGAUUGUCAAACCCCAGAUCAGACAGAGUUCCACUCAGAGAUGUACAAAAUGAACUGCUGAAUUUACAGGACAGUCCAACUCUAAUGCUUAAGCAUGCAUCGAUGCGUGAGAAGGACCCUAAAAUAAAGCAUGAAGUUGUCCCUGGUGAAAACCCAUCAAGCUUAACUAUCACAACAGACAUCCAUAGUGAUGGGAAAGCUGUGGAUGUCACUGAUGAACAUAAAGAUGUCAUAUUAAAAUCCUUUGUUUGUCUUGAAGAAGUCGUAGUUGAGGAUGAACCUGUAAUGUCAGAAGAGUCUGUUCUCAUCAGGCGUCUGGUUCUUGAGGAUAAUGACCCACUUCAGAGUGAUCUAAAUGAAACCAUUGAACCUGAUUGCACAGAAGAUAAUCAGACUACUGAAGAGCAUGUUGAUCAUCCAUACCAUUAUAGGAGCAGAUCUACUGGGCUGGAUGCUUCAUCUAUUUUAUGCCAGGAGGAAGAAGUUUCCACUUAUGAGGGGGGAAAUGUCACAUUCAAAUCCCUCAUGUGCUUAGGUGGAGAGGUUCAGGUUUCCGAUAACUCUGCUAUCACUGAUGUAUCCAUUCUCAUAAAGGAUCUAUCAUCAGGAAAUCACUCACAAUGUAAAAAUACUCCCAUUUCUAAAGUGGGCACAGAGGCUGUAUCAGUAAGCAGUCAACCUCUGGGUCAUUCUUACUGUAAUUGGAAGUCUUUGUGUGAAGAUAGUAGCACCAUCAGUACAGUUGAUGCAGAUGACACCUCUCACUCAAAUCUUGCACACAUUGUAGGUAUUCAGUGUACCCCGAAAAAUACAGUGAACCUAAACAAUCACGAUCAAGCUGAUCUCUCUGAAGGAUGUCAUGGUGUAUCAAUCGAAGAAGGAGAAAUCACUUUUAAAGGCUUGUGUUGUUCUGGAGUUGAAAUAGAAAUUGCUGAUCUAUCCAAUGUGUCAAAAAUGUCUGUCCUUAUGGACAGUCUAGCUGAAGAACAAAGACUGACUUGUUUAAAUGACACCAUGGAAAAUGAUGGCCAAAGCUUUGCUGAUUUGACACCAGGAAGGAAGCAUGUUGACCAUAUUUACUGCCAUGCUAAGGAAAAGCCACUGGUCCUAAAUAUAUUGACUACUGAAAAUGAGGUCUGUUCCAAGUCACAGCUUUCCUCACCAAGUCUUUUGGAAAAGCCUGGAAAUACAGUUGGUAAUUUAACAUCACCUCUUGGAAACAAUACACAGAAAAUGUAUGAAUCUGUCUCAUGCUGUGAAACAGAAGCAUCAAAGACAUUUGCUAACCAGAAGUCAGACCAACAAUUGUCAGUCUUAAAUGGUAAAAAUAAUAUGGAAUGUUCAGAUGUUGUACAACUAAGCAACAAGGAUGACAAACACAAGGUGCCCAAGGAUGAAUCUUCUGUCAUGACUAGAAAGGAUGUGGAGGGAUACUGUGAUGAACAGUUUCUACCGGAAAGGAAAGAGGCAGUUUCAUAUUUUGAGGAAAACCUUUGUCCUCAAGUUGUCUUUAUUGAAAAUGCUGGCUUGGAAACCAGCAUUCUCAAAGAUAAGACGCUGGGUUUGAAGGAUGAGGAGAUCCACCCAGAGAUCGAAGUUAUGCGGUUCUGUGAUAGAUCUGGUGAAGCUGUCUCUGUUAAUCAGGAUCUUCCUAGUGCUAUUGCUCUAACAGGUUCCUGCACUCCAAAGACACCCACCCUUAGCAGGAGUGUUUUUCAUGACCACACAGCUGAGAACCCAAUGAGCCAUUUGUGGCCUGAGCUCCCGGAGAGUCCAAUGCCUCCUCCACUGUUGAACUCCACAUCCCUGGCUAAUGCUUUUAGCUAUACACCUGUGCCUCAAGACCCACCUAAGACAAAGGAUGUGGAACCUAAAAUGGCUUCUGAAGACAAUCAGAAGUUGUUGAAUGCCCUUCCAGUUUUGGGUAAUGGGCCUCUGCAGGAACAGCUCAGACAGAUGGCUGAAUUGUUGAUGGUUGUGUCAGGGAAGAUGUUUGUUCCUACUCCAGCACCAGUGAAUCCCCACAGUGCUUUAGUGUGCAGUUCUCCAGUAGUGAUGCGUAGCGCUUGUCUCUGGAGCACCCCAGUUCAGCGGAUGGAGCGGAGCGUUAAUACUUCAGCAGCGGUAGAAAUUUUAAAGGAGGUGGAUGUUUCUGAUGCCAGCACUUCAACUGACUCUCUGCUAUGGAACCUGAUGCCUGGAAAUAUGGAGCAUCUGUCUAGAUCAGAGCUGGAGCAGAGAUUAACUUCUACGCUCAUCAUGGUGGAGGUUCUUUCCCAGCAGCUCACUUCUGCACGGGCUCAUAAUUCGAUCAAAAACACAUCUCCAUCAGAUCUCAGAGAGAAACUCAUCCAGACAGACCACACUGAGCUCAGACAGAAUGGGACAUAUAAAGAUUUAUAUGGCACUGCCCUGGAGAGAAUUCAGAGUCUUGAGCAUGAUCAGGAUGUUCUUCACAGUUUAUACAACAGCAUUAAAGCAAUGAGGAUUGGGAUGGAUUCUUUUAAGUCUAGCACAGAGGAUGUCAUCUUCAAGAUGCAACAGAUUGGAAAUACUGUAAAUGUCGAUCAAGAAACUUUAUCUAGACAGGUCAGUCAGAUGAAGUCUCUUUAUGGGAGGUACAAGGAAACCCUCCAUAGGAUGGAGCAGAAGAUGAAAGAUAUGAGAGAUCGCAUGGACAAGGCCCUAGAGGAGAAGGAAGCGGCCUUCAAUGUAACGCAGCAGUUGAGGGACUAUCAAGCUGCUCAGCUGGCAGAACUAGAGCACACUAUUGGGUCUCAACAGGACCUGAUGUCAGCCCUCAAACUGGCCUACCCAUCACUGGUUGAACUGAGCAAGUCAUACAUGGAAUCCAUCAGUGCAGCAAAUGACCAUUUGAGAAGGAAGCAAGAAGAUCACAUGAGCUUGUUAGCGGAGCUGAGAAAGGCUCAAGAGCUGAUUCAGAGGAUAAACCCAGUGCUUCACCAGCUCCAUCAGAGGACUGCAACUGCCGUGGAGAGCAGCAAGCAGCAUCUGGAAAUGAGAGACAGAGCCAUGGAAGAGAGAGACCUGAUGGAAAAUGAACUUGAGCACAUUAGAUCAAGCUUGCAGGAUGCCAGUCAGCAGAUUUCAGACUUGAACAUGCAGCAGACCAUUAUGACUUCAGAGAUGUCAGUGCUGAGGGAGCAGCUGAUUCAGGCAGAAGAGGAGCGCUUUCAGCUGCAGAGGAGGAGCACUGAGCUCUCAGCUACUGUCACAUCUACACUGGCCUCUUACGCCUUCCUAGAACAGACCCUUGCCUCUGAGACCAGCAAGUUGCAGCAGUCAAUGUGUGAUGCGCAGCAAGCUACUGAGAGAGCAAACCGGCUUGAGGAAGAACUGGAGACUUCCAGGAAGAAACUAGAGGAAUGUGAGGACACACUGUUGCAGAGAGAAAGUCUUAUUAAAGAGCUCCACACUGAAGCUGAGAUUCAUCGCCACCAGCUUGGACAGCUGGCUCAACUGAAGACUGAACUAUCCAGUGCCAAAGAAAUGAGUGAGUUCUUGCAGGCAGAAAAUGAAAUGGCACAGGAACAGAUGGAGGAAAGUGAGCGAUUGUUGCGGUGCCACUUACAGGGCCUGAGAGAGAGAAACUUGGAGUGUGAAGACCUCAAACUAGCGCUGGAACAAUUGCGGCUUGAGAAAGCGUCCCUUCAGGAAGAGCUGGACAGCACACGAGACAAAGCCCGCAGCAUGCUGCUGGAACAAGGAGAGCAGAUGGCUCAGGCAUCUAAUGAUGUCAUGCUUCUAAACGACAGAGUUUGCUGUCUCACAAGCAUCUUAAAGGAGUCCCUAACCUCCAAGGAGUCAGAGAACUCUGAUGAGACAUUGCAGUCUCAUCGACAUCCCUCCAGCUCUUUUGUGGAUUCUGUUAUGGUGGCCAUGAUGAAGACACAGGAACCUGAGACAGAUUCUCCUAAGGGUUCAGAGGAGAGGGAGGUGCAACAAGAUGGCAUUGGCAGUGAAACCAGUGCUUUUACCCGAAUACCACCAACUACACACACAGAAGUGAAAGUGGAAACACGGAGCCGUAUCUUGGAGCUUUUGACUGAUUUUGGUCAGACCAUCUCAGAUCUUCAGCUCAACUUAGACCAAUUGAGAAUCCAGAAAGACACGGAGCAGCAGACUCUGAAGCAGACCAUAUGUGGCCUGCAGGAGGCGCUGCAGGAAGAGUCUCAGAGACGCAAACUGGAGGUCUCGGAGCUGAGGCAGAAUGUAGACCGACUGCAUGCUCAGGUGGAGAAGGAUGCUGCGGUCCUGCAGCAAAAAGCCCAGGAUGAAAGAAACUUAAGAAAACUGUGCAGUGAGAUGGAGGAAAAUUUGGACGCAGCACACAAAUACAGAGCAGAGAACAGUGAGUUGCGUCGAGAAGUUGCUGAUUUGCGUCGGCUGGAACAGCAGGCACAGGUGGAGGCUCAGGUCUUGAGGGAGGAGCUUAAUCGAACAGGUGUCCAAUCAGCAGCCAGUGCCAACACAUUAGAUGAAAAAAUCAAACUGCUCAGAGAGGUUGAGAAGCUCAAGGCAAAUUUAAUGGAAACCGAGGAAAAUCGUGCCAAGGUCUUGGAGAGGGCAAAACGACAUCAAAGGGUCCAUGCCAUGAACCAAAGUAAACUGGAGCGAGAGCUACAUCUGCUUGAUGAUAUGAUUGAAAGAGUAAGACAGACAUUGUCUUCUAUUCCUGAUCUUGUCAAGAGCUGUCCUGAACUACAAAAUCUUGUAGAAUUUCUCGAAUGAGUUACUGAAAAUUCAGAAAUGCAGUUUAGUUUUUAAAUGCAUAAUUGUUAAAUAAACAGUGUUCUUGAUUUCUUCUCAAAUAUGUUCUUAUUUAAACUUAAGAAUAAUCUUCAGACAUUCUGUUCGGUGAAGUUGUAGGCCAAUCAGCUCAUUUUGUAAGAUUCUUUUUCAUUUAAUUUAGUAUGUGAUAGUGUAUGGAUACGAUUUGUUAAAAAAAAAAAAAAAGUUAUUGUCUUAAUUUAAAGGUCUGUACAUGUAUUAGACUAUUAGAAUUGUUAUCAGGACAUCAGUAACAUUUGUGUUUCAGCAUUUUAUAUCCUUUUGAUUUAAACAGAAACUCUUGAUUGAUGUUUUUUUUUUUUUUUUUUACUCAUAGUCUGAAUCAUAUAUAUAAAGGCUGAUUGAUGAGCAGAUAGUCCAGUAAUUAAUCAUAGUUAUUCUAAUCAUGCCAGUGCUUGUGAAAACCUGGUGAACGAUGUGAUGUUUUAAUCCAGCCAUUCAAGCACAAUGUUCACUGAUGUGUUCUUCUGCUUCACUGAUACUCAAUACCUCCAUCUCUUCUUUGGCCUGCCAUUUAAAACCUACACAGUUGACUUCUAAACUUUCCCAUCUCACCAUAUUAGGACUUUCAUCUGUCUUUUUUUGCCUUUUGUCGAAUAAAUGCAAUUCAUUUAAUUUAUGACUAAUA